AAGCGAGAAUAUCUUUGUUAGUUCGGUUUGUGUUUGUUGUGAGAGUUGUAGUUUACGUAUGAUGGUGCUUCAGUGUAUGCAGAGGUUGAUUACGUAACCUGUAUGUUCUUGUGAAUUUGUUCAAAAGAUUUGGUUUCAAUCGCAAUAUUCGGCUUUAGAAGAAAUGACGAACACGAUGGAUUCGAAAUACCGUUUAUCAAAAGCAGUGCUUGAAAUGAAGUUCAUGAAGAAAAGCAAGGAAAGAUUUGAGAGAGAAAAGGAAGUUGAAGAUAGCAGAGCAUUAUUCUCUGAUGUAAUUACUGAAGACAUGAAGCAUGGCAAGAGCAAAUAUAUUAUUGAAUCAAGUUAUGUGCCUUGUGAGGAUCUCAUAGUAGGGCGUUUAUCUUUUCAUGGGAUGAACCCUGAAAUUGAAGAAAUAAUGAAAGAAGAAGAAGCUGCUGCACAAAAAGAAAUAGAUGUGAAAAAUGAAGUUGAUGUGUCUGACCUAGAAAUGGCACAGCACUUUGGCACAGUUGUACAGUCCAUACAUAAAAAGUUUAUGACUAAACGAGAAAAGAGGAAAGUUGAUGAUGAAGAGCCAGUGCCACCUAAAAAACCAAAAUUUUUGAAACCAAGUGAUUAAAGAUUAAAUUUAGUCAGGCUACGGUUUCAAAACCAAAACACUUCAACAUUGAUUGUUAUUGUCAUGUUUCACUGUGCCAUACUGAAAGAAUGUGAAACUUGAAACCUGUUUAUUUUGUUGUUGUUACCAUUUGAGGAUUGUAUGCAAAUUUCUGUGUGAACAUUUCAGCUAUAUUUUUGGCCACAUAUGGUCUUCAUGAGCCGAAUGUUCCUUUCCCAUCUUUUCCUGACAUGUCAGGUACAAUAACAUUGUGAGUGGGUUAGUGUUUAUGCUUCCAUUCAUCCUAAAACUCAAAACAUCUUCAUUCUGUGUCACAUCAUAAAAGAUACAUAUAUCUGCUGAUAUAAAAAGAAAAAUGAGAAUUUAUAAACAUUAAUGAAUGAUAAAUAUCUCACUUCUGUUAAGAGUGAGCAAAGAAUCCUGUCUCAUCCCUGAGACACAUGGUGAGAAAAGCAGAGAGCAAAAGAAACAACUGAAUUGUUGAGACUGCCCUGUUUUUAUUAUAUAUAUACUUGGAGGAUAACAUGUAUCUUUAAUGUUCUGUAUAUUUUUAAAAAGAUGAUCCACUUCAUGUUCAGGAUCAAUCCUAUCCUUAUCAGUGUGACCAUGCUGCAGUUUACAUGGCAUCUGUUUGUUAUGAUCCCCGUUUUUUCACCUCCUCAGUUGCCAUCACUGACCUAGUGAUGUUAUGGGAUUAUAUCUGGUAACUAUUUUUAUUAGUAAAUCAUAUCCACUAGAAUAACAUUACUGUGACAAAAACUAUGUAUUUAAGCAGUAAUAUUAUCUCUUGCCUAGAUGUCUUUUCUUGUAACAUUAUAUCGACAUGUUUUCAUGACCCUUGAGCAGUAUGCCUGCUAUGUACUAUUUGUGCUUGUAACAUGAGUCAAGGGAGUUUUUGGUUGUGAAGUAUUUGUAAUGUAGAAGAGAAUGUAAGAUGUCAGUUACAGUCUACAUUACUCCUUAUUUUUCACAAUCUGUUCUGUGAAUUAUUUCAGAUGUUUCAAGUUUGAAGUAAGAAAAUGUUGUCAUGUACAUUGUGACUUUCUUUCACUAAUUUGUGACUUUUUGUCAAAUGAAAGAUACUUUUUAUAAACAA